AUGGCAAAGAAAACAUGUCGCCGGCUGAGUCAAAGGGAUCAAGAGUUGCUUUGCGAAUUCGUGCGGAAAUCUUCUACGUGUGCGGCAUGCCAAGAGCCGGAAUAUGUGCACAAUUUGAUUGAUGGUCAAACGUUGGACGUGCUCCGGUUCCAAUUUGUGUCCAUCCAAGGCUUCGCCAUUCGGGGCAUCAAGUCUUCGAGUGGAGUGGAGUGA